AUGGAGUCCACAACUACCCCGAAAAAGAUUGUUGUAGCUUCUAAAAACCCUGUCAAGAUCGCUGCAGCGCUUGGGGGAUUUCAAGCCAUGUUCCCAAACACCAUCUACACGACAGAAGGGAUCACUGUCCCGUCAGGCGCUCUCAACAGAGCUCAGAAUGCUCGAACACAAGAACCAGCAGCAGACUUCUGGGUCGGCAUCGAAGGUGGUGUGGAAGACACGUUGGAGCAAACAGCAGGCAGUCUUCAGUCAUUUGCUUGGGUGGUCGUGAUCGGCCGCGAGGAUGGGAAGACUGGGAAAGCCAGGACGGCGACGUUCUAUCAGCCUGAGGAGGUGGCAAGGCUAGUGCGUGGGGGAAUGGAGUUGGGACAUGCUGAUGAUGCGGUAUUUGGGAGAAGCAAUUCGAAGCAGGCUAAUGGGAGUGUUGGUUUGCUGACUGGAGAUGUGAUCGGGAGGGAGGUCUAUUAUAUGCAAGCUGUGGUCCUGGCGUUGAUUCCUUUCAAGAACGCAACUUUGAAGUUCUCAUGAGUGGAAGUAGGUAUCGAGAGGUUUGUCAAUUGAGUGUUUUGGACUGAUAUCUGGGCACUAUCCAGGCACGGAUAGUCCUCCUAUCUUUGAAGUCUUUGCUUGCUUACGAGGACUGAUGAUUUCAAAGAUCCCCGGAGUCUGGUCUUCGUGUUUUUGUGAUGCUUGGUAG